UUUCGAUAACAGCGCUGUUGUUUGGUUCAGCUUCAAUUGCCGCAUUUAUUUACUAAUUUGUUUUUGCCUGAUUUAUUUAAUUGUUACGAAAUUACCCUGCUGCCACAAAAUGCAGGAGUGUCCUUAUGCCGAGAAAUGCUAUCGCAAGAAUCCUAUACACUUUAAGGAAUACAAACAUGCUCAUCUGGAUGCAAUUUAUGCCAAGGGCUGUGCUGCGGGCAGCGCAGAAUACGAUAUACCAAGCAAAUAUUCCAAUGAACUCAUCAAUCAACAACUCAAACUGCUGGAGAAGCUGUUUCCCAAGGCGGCCAAAGAGACGGCUGCUCCUGAGAAGCCAGCGAAGCCAUCAGUUGCUUUAGUAGCUCCUUCAUCAGCUCCUCCAGCCUGCUCAAAGCCAGUGCCAAAAGAGCUGCCAACUGCCAGCACAAGUCGUGCUGCCGACAACUCGAAUCUCGCCAAGAAACAAAAGCUAAGUGAACGCAACAUACGCGAUUACAUUCCCGUCGUUGUGGAGAAGGGACGCAUGGCAGCCAAGUUAGAACGUGCCGCGCCCUACAACAUGUUUCUCACCGCCAUCACAGACUCAAAGCCAACGCACCAGGAGCCGCUCAGCAUCACAUUGCAAGAGAUACUCGACGAAAGUCUGGGUGAGAUUGAAUCUAGUGUGCAAAUCAACUUUAUGAUUGACAUUGGCUGGCUACUAGGACACUAUUACUUUGCUGGCAUACUCGAUAAACCUUUGCUCGUGCUCUAUGGCGAUGAAUCCCCGGAACUGCUGAGCAUUAGCAAAUUCAAGCCACAAGUGACCGCCAUCAGGGUAAAGAUGCCCACACCAUUUGCCACCUCACACACCAAGCUGAUGCUGCUGGGUUACGCAGAUGGCGGAAUGCGCGUUGUCAUCUCCACAGCAAAUUUAUACGAAGAUGAUUGGCAUAAUCGCACGCAGGGUUUGUGGAUUAGUCCCUUGUUGCCCGCUCUACCUGAAGAUGCGGAUACCUCGGCGGGCGAAAGUCCAACGGGUUUCAAGCAGGAUCUUAUGCUUUAUCUAGUGGAAUACAAGUUGUCGCAACUGCAACCUUGGAUUGCGCGUCUGCGCAAAAGCGAUUGCAGCGCCGUCAACGUCUUCUUCAUUGGCUCAGUGCCCGGUGGACACCGCGAGAGCUCUGUGCGGGGCCAUCCUUGGGGCUGUGCUCGUCUUGGCUCGCUGCUGGCCAAGCAUGCCACGCCUAUUGAUGAUCGCAUUCCUGUGGUUUGUCAGAGCAGCAGCAUUGGAAGCCUGGGAGCUAAUGUGCAGGCUUGGAUACAACAGGAUUUUGUCAACAAUCUGCGCAAAGAUUCACAACCAGUUGGACGACUGCGUCAAAUGCCCGCUUUCAAGAUGAUCUAUCCGAGUUUUGGCAAUGUUUCGCGCAGUCACGAUGGUAUGCUUGGAGGCGGGUGUUUGCCCUACGGCAAGAACACCAACGACAAGCAGCCUUGGCUUAAACAACAUUUGCAGCAAUGGAAAUCGGGCGAUCGCCAUCGUUCACAAGCCAUGCCGCACAUUAAGAGCUACACACGCUUCAACCUGGAGGAACAGUGCAUCUAUUGGUUUGUGCUCACCUCGGCGAAUCUCUCGAAAGCCGCCUGGGGCUCGUUUAACAAGAACUCCAACAUACAACCGUGUCUGCGUAUUGCCAACUAUGAGGCGGGUGUUUUGUUCCUGCCCCGAUUUGUGACGGGCGAAGACACAUUUCCUUUAGGCAAUUCUAGAGAUGGCGUGCCUGCUUUUCCCUUGCCCUACGAUGUGCCCUUGACGCCCUACGGACCUGAUGAUACACCUUUCCUAAUGGAUUAUCUACAGGGCUAAAAAUAAUGUUUUUGAAUUUGUUUACUGGUUAAAAUACACUCACUAUUCUAUUCCUUAAA